AUGCGCAAACAACGCGAAAGUAUGGCGACUACCAGUGAGACUUUAGAGUGUAAGGAAAAUACUUUAAGGAGAAGACACAGAGGCGAAGCUGAUGGUUUAGGAAAAAAAGCAGACAGCAGCAGCAGUGAAACAGCUGAACAAAAUGAGAAAUACGAUAAGAAAGAGAAGGUUCGGUUAGGAACUGGGACUUACUGGCUCACCAGGAUUGUGCUGUUACGGUCCAUCGCCUUCAUGUAUUGUGUUGCUUUUGCCGUGGCUUACAACCAGAACAAACAGUUGAUUGGGGAGAAGGGCCUCACACCUUGUAAAGACUAUCUCCGUAGUGUUAAACGCUAUGUAGGUGGUAAGAUCAACAUGGCUGCGCUCUCAUACACUCCCACUAUUUUGUGGUUCUUGGACUGGGAAAACAUGAAUGCCAACCUAGAUGGCAUUGCUCUGGCAGGAUUGGCGCUUUCUGUCUUUGUCCUCUUAUCAGGGAGGGCCAACAUGAUUAUCAUGAUAAUGCUGUGGGUCCUGUAUCACUCUAUAGUGAACGUUGGACAGCUGUGGUUUUCCUUUGGUUGGGAGAGCCAGCUACUUGAGACAGGAUUCCUUGGUAUUUUUCUGUGUCCAUUAUGGAGUCUUGCACAGAUUCACCAUCAAAGCCCACCUUCUCUCAUCUCCAUCUGGUCCUUCCGCUGGCUCAUAGUGCGAAUAAUGCUUGGGGCAGGAUUGAUCAAGAUCAGAGGAGAUCGCUGCUGGUGGGACCUGACCUGCAUGGACUAUCACUAUGAAACGCAGCCUGUUCCUAACCCAGUUUCAUACUAUUUGCACCAGUCUCCUUGGUGGUUUCAUCGUUUUGAGACCAUAAGUAAUCACUUUAUUGAGCUCAUCGUACCUUUUUUUACUUUCAUGGGCCGACGCAUGUGCAUGGUAAAUGGAGUUCUGCAAAUUUUCUUCCAGGUAGCUAUCAUCAUCAGUGGGAAUCUUAGUUUUCUGAACUGGCUAACUAUAGUACCCAGUUUAGCUUGUUUUGACGAUGCAGCAUUAUCAUCUCUGUUUUGGUCUGGUAAACGUACAGCCGUAAUGAAGAUGCAGAAUGAGGAGGCAACAGGACAGUCACUCACUAAAGGCAUGCUCAUUAGACGUGUGGUUAAUGUGGCAUUUGGAAUUUUAAUUGCAUAUCUGAGUGUUCCUGUGGUGAUAAACCUCCUAAGCCCUAGGCAGGUGAUGAACACGUCUUUUGACCCUCUCCGUAUUGUCAACACUUAUGGGGCUUUUGGCAGCAUUACUAAGGAGAGAACAGAGGUGGUGUUCCAGGGCACGCUGAAUGCUAAUCACUCUGAUGAGGGUGUUGUAUGGGAGGAAUAUGAGUUCUUGUGCAAACCUGGAGCUCUAGAGAGAAGACCUUGUUUCAUUUCCCCUUAUCACCACAGACUUGACUGGCUGAUGUGGUUUGCUGCCUUCCAAACAUAUGAGCAGAAUGAAUGGAUCAUUCAGAUAGCCGGCAGACUUUUAGCGAAUGACUCCACUGUGCUCUCAUUAAUGGACCACAAUCCAUUUCAGAGCAGAGGCAAACCUCGGUGGAUACGAGGAGAACACUUCAGAUACAAAUUCACUAAACUCGGCAGUGUUUCUGCAACCCAGGGGAAAUGGUGGGCCAGAAAGCGCAUUGGACCUUACUUUCCCCCAGUCAAUUUAGAAGGCCUUAGAAGGUACUUUCAAUCGAGAAAUUGGCCGCAACCAGAUAUGUCCUGAUGGGUUCACACCGAUAGCAGUUUGCACGGAAACUAGUGCAAAAACACCUUAAUAAAUUUAUGCAACUGUGUUGGCACAUGUGUUAAAAGAGUUUUAACAAACUCACUGUGCUUAGGGACAGAAAAUACAAAUUUAUUUGUUGUAAUAAUAUUAAAUGAUGUUAUGUAAUAAUUAUAAAAAUGCAUUUCAAAAUAAAUAAUGUUUAUGAUAAUGA